UAGGGUUAGGGCUAACCCUAACCUAGAGAAAAGGGUUUCUGUUAUCUUCGGAAAUGUAAAGAAAGCCACUUCCGGUACGAAACAUCCGGUGAUAAUGUUGUCAUCACACAGAAAUAUUUUUCUAAAAGUUUUUUGCAACAAGUGAACAACAACUGGUCAGAAGACGACCGACAUUCAUAAUUUAAAUAUAAAACCUUUCUUUCAUGCGUUCAAAUACAUCCGAAUCAAUACUUGAAACCAGAAAAAAAGUUUUAAUGAUUUCUAUAAUCUAAGUUUUCAUUAAUUCAAGAGGUAAGAGAACGAAAAUCAACUUUCUAACUUCCUGCUUUUUCGCUGUUUUAUUACAUGCACAUAUACAAUGCGGUCACCAAGAAAUAUAAUACAAAAUAAUUUAUGUUUUCUCAGACAAAACAUAUCCGAACCUGACGUAAAAUCAAUUCAUGACAAGUUUCCUCAAUUAAAAGAAACAGACGUUAAUUUUCCAAAUAUUAUGCGUUUUUUUAUGGAGAAAAAUGACGCGGAUAGUUUUGAUGAGCUUUUAGGAUUUUUAGAAAAGGAAUGCCUCAAAAAACAUGUGGUACUGGCUUUGAAAAAAGAUAGAAACGAAUCAGAAGACACAGAGGCAGAGGACCACACUCAGAUACAAAUAAAUAUAAAGGGGCUGGAUGUGAAUUUACUCGGACGUAUUCUACUGCGAGUUCUUGACGGAUGGUUGCCAGUCGCUAAAGAGCUAGGAGUUACUGAUGAAAUUAAAAAGUCCCGACGUGAUUAUUCCGAUGAUGAGUUGUGCAAGAUAAACGUUUUUAACUGGUGGAGAAUAAGAAAAGGAUUCGAUAAAAAUGGGGUUAAAGAUUUGCUGAAGGCCCUUAGAAAAUACCCUGAAUGUAUUGUUGACUGGAGAAGUAUGAGAGAGUUAAUUAAUUCAGUAAAGGAAAAGAGAAAAUAUAGAUAAUAAAUGGAAAUUGACCAGGUCAGUGUGUUACAUAUAUAUUAGGCCUGAAAUUUUGUUGAAGGCAAUUAGUUGAUUGAAUGGACCUGACGAUGAUGAUGAUGAUGACGCAAAGAAGCAGAAGAAAUAAUAGACACAAGGACAGCAACUUUAAGAAGUGCGAGUUAAACUUUCAACGUAAAGAACCGGAAUGAUCUGUCACAACUUGGGCUAUUAAAAGGAACUCCAUCUUAACUAAUUCAUGUCUAUAUAUAACUAGCAGAAAUACCCAGCGUUGCCCAUUUUAAAGAACCUAAGGAAAUUCAAGAAUGCCUUUUAGAUCUCUAAAUAACAUGAAUCAUGGACCAUGCAGGCCUCACCUCCUAGUAGCUGAGAUACCAACUUUAUAUGUUAACUAGCAACUAAGCCCGAUUUCACCCAGUCGAUUUGGAUGAUGUGGUUGUAAAACCUGCUCUGUGUAAGCAUUCGACUUGAUUGGGUAUGCUUAUGUUAAAAAACAAUUUUAGAAUGACUUUUUUUCUGUCAAAACGCUAAAAAUAACUGACCAA